AUAAAGCAGAAUGUCUGCUCUCUGUGGCCAUAACUGAGCAGAACCCAUAAUGGCAAGCAUGGCUGCGGUCUUCACCUGGACUCUGGCUCUCCUCUCAGCGUUUUCAACCACCCAGGCACGGAAAGGCUUCUGGGACUACUUCAGCCAGAGCAGCGGGGACAAAGGCAGGGUGGAGCAGAUCCAGCAGCAGAAGCUGGCGCGGGAGCCCGCGAGCCUGAAAGACAGCCUUGAGCAAGACCUCAACAAUAUGGACAAAUUCCUAGAGAAGCUGGGCCCUCUGACAGGGCAGAGGAGGGAGCCUCCUCGACUCCCCCAGGACGUGGAGGGCAUGCGGCAGCAGCUGCAGGAAGAAUUGGAUGAGGUGAGGGCGCGCCUGGAGCCCUACAUGGCGGAGGCGCACGAGCUGGUGGGCUGGAACUUGGAGGGCUUGCGGCAGCAGCUGAAGCCCUACACGCUGGAUCUGAUGGAGCAGGUGGCCCUGCGCGUGCAGGAGCUGCAGGAGCAGCUGCGCGUGGUCGGAGAGGACACCAAGACCCAGCUGCUGGGCGGCGUGGACGAGGCGCGGGGUCUGCUGCAGGACCUGCAGAGCCGCGUGGCGCACCACACCGGCCGCGUGAAGGCGCUCUUCCACCCGUACGCAGAGAGCCUGGUGAGCGGCAUCGGGCGCCACGUGCAGGAGCUGCAUCGCAGCGUGGCCCCGCACGCCGCCGCCAGCCCCUCGCGACUCAGCCGCUGCGUGCAGAUGCUUUCGCGCAAACUCACACUCAAGGCCCGGGCGCUGCACACGCGCAUCCAGCGGAACCUGGACCAGCUGCGCGAGGAGCUCAGCAGCGCCUUUGCCCUCGCCGGUGCCGACGGGGCCGAGGAGGGGGCCGGCCCGGACCCCCAGGCCCUCUCCGAGGAGGUGCGCCAGCGACUCCAGGCUUUCCGCCACGACACCUACCUGCAGAUCGCCGCCUUCACCCGCGCCAUCGACGUGGAGACGGAGGAGAUCCAGCAGCAGCUGGCGCCACCCCCGCCAGGCCACAGCGCCUUCGCCCCCGACUUCCAACGACUGGACGGUGGCAAGGCCAUGAGCAAGCUGCAGGCCCGUCUGGACGACCUGUGGGAAGACAUCACCUACAGCCUUCAUGGCCAUGACCAUGGCCAUCUGGGAGAGCCCUGAGGGUCUACUUGCCCAGGCCCACUUCCCAGCUCCUCCUCUGGGGAGUCGGAGCCCUGAGCUUCCUGUUUGGCUCAGUCCUUGAAAGUGGCCUGUGGGGUGGAGGGUGGAGAAUCCUGCACAGGUCAGGCGAGGCCUCCAAGGGGGCUUCUGUCCCCAGCAUAUGCAGCCUCCUGUGACUCCCCCAUCUGGAUGCAUUACACUCACCAGGCUUUGCAAA